CAGCCCUGCCCCUUAACGCUGAUUCCUUUUGUCCCGGAAGAGCAGGAGCUGGCAGCCAGGUAGUAGGAGGGCCAUGGCUCUAAGAGCAUGUGGCUUGAUAAUCUACAGGAGGCUACAGGCAGGAUCCCCUUCUUCUAAAGUCAGUGACAACAUCGAAUAUCUUCUCCUGCAGACAUCCUAUGGCACGCAUCACUGGACCCCACCAAAAGGCCAUGUGGAUCCAGGUGAAGAUGACCUGCAGACAGCCCUGCGGGAGACACAGGAAGAGGCGGGACUCAAUUCCAGUCAGUUCACCCUCAUUGAAGGGUUUAAGAAGGAACUGCAAUACACUGUCAGCAGCAAACCCAAAACAGUCAUCUACUGGCUGGCAGAAAUGAACGACUGUAACACAGAGAUCAAGCUCUCAGAUGAGCAUCAGGCUUUUCGUUGGCUGAAGCUGGAAGAGGCCUGCAAAUGCGCUGAGUAUAAGGAGAUGCAGGCAGCACUCAGAGCUGUGCAUCAGUUUCUCUGUUCCAAAGCAUAAAUACUUCCAUGGGGGAAAAUGGGGAUUUUUAAAAGAAACCUGGGCUGCUCUUUUAACAAGAAUAAAACGAGGGUUGUGCAGAAAUGUAACUUUUAUACCAACCUGCUAUGUGGAGUUAAGAUACUCUGAGCUUCUGUGAAGCUUGUGCUUUUACUCCCCUAGAUUACCCUAGCUCACAUAAAGAAGCAUGGUCUGAUCUAAGCAUGAACCAGAGAGCUCUGAGAUCAAAUACCUGCACUGACUAUCCCUCCCCUUGUUGCUUUUAUCAGGUCACUUAUGCCCUGAAUGUCAGAAGUGUUGAGCAGCUGCAGGUCCUAUUGAAAAUCGAAUCCUUGACCUCUCCUGACACCAGAAGGACGGUAUGGAGAAAGGGAGCAUACAGAGAAUUUUAAUAAUAAAAUACAAUUACAAAAAUUAGAUUCUGCGUUUCAAACAGAAGAGCAGUAGUCAGAACUGCUGGGCUCUAUUCCCAGCUUCACUGACUCCUGGUAACUUGGGCAAGUUGUUUCAUCUUUGCCAACUGUACCAUGAGUUGUAUUUCCUUACCUUGUACAUUUAAUGUUUGCAAAGCGCUUUGAGAGCCUGGGAUGGAAGUUGUUAGAGAUGACUAAAAUUUAACUGAUAAUUUCUAACCCCCUCUGCUAUUUUUGUUGUCUCUUAUUUUGGUCUAUGUCUCACACGUUGAAGGUCAGCGGUAUAUUAUACACUCGGUCUUGGUGGCCUAAUGAGUUUAUGCCUACUUUGAGCUGAGGACCUUCUGCUCUAGAAAUCUAAGCUAAUGCUGAAUCUCCAGUAGCUGUAUUAAUAUUCCCUAUGGGUUGCAGUCCCUAGUGGGCAAUGCGGUCACUUGCCGUUGAGCACAUCUGGCAUUCCAUGCAAUAGCUAGCAGUGCUAUGUACACAAGAGCUAGAAAGAGUGAGAGCUAUAAUUAAUUCUUAUCUGUGGGCCUUAUCUCCCAAGGUGCUAAGCCACUGAACACCUUUAGCUCCCACUAACAUCAGUAGAGAUUGAGAGCACUCAGCUCCUUGUAGGAUUGGGACCAUUUUAUCUUUAAAGAAUGAUUUGCACAGAUACAGCAGCGUAUUGUGCCUUAGCAAGAGAAAUGAUUUCAACUCUCCUGAUAUUUUUUUAAACUCAACUUUAUUAUGAACACCGUUUCAAACCAAAUGUCAGGGAGUGAUGAAUAGCAUGGUAGGGAGGGUGUCGUGUUAGUAACAGGCAGAACAAUAAAAGAGCAAAGUUGUUUUUGUUUUUUUUUAAGAAAAUCAGUAAAGCAAGAGAAAUGACUAAUAAUGUGUGCUGUUUCACAGUCAUAUUUUCAUGGUUAUUUUUCAGCUUCUGCUUAACCAACACCAUGUAAACAUUGCUUUGUUUAAGUGCAAGAAUAUAUAUUAAACCAGAAUACAGAGCCAUUUUCAA